CCGUCCCCACACGCCACAAAAUGGCGGCAGGCACCGCCCUCAGCCCCGCCCCUGCGGCUUCCCGCCGUCACGCGUGCGGCGCGGCGUGUCCCCGCCGAGCCACCAUAGCCGCCGCCUCCGUCCUGCCCGCCCGCCGUCCCUCCCUCCCCGCCCGCGGUCCGGUGCCCGGUGCAGGAGCGAGCGGCGCCCGGUGCUGCCUCCCCGCCGCCAUGCAGGCUGCCGCCGCGCUCCUCCGCCGCUGCGCCGUCUCCGGCCUCCGCGCUGCCGUCCGCAGGCCCGUCGGCCCCGCAGCUGUGCUGCACGCCCGCUGCUACUCCCAUGGGUCACAAGAGUCAGAUGAAGAGUUUGAUGCUCGCUGGGUGACCUAUUUCAACAAGCCAGAUAUUGAUGCCUGGGAGCUCAGGAAAGGCAUCAACACACUUGUGGGGUAUGACCUGGUUCCGGAACCAAAGAUCAUCGACGCAGCUCUGAGGGCAUGCAGACGGUUAAAUGACUUUGCCACCGCUGUCCGCAUCUUAGAAGUGGUAAAGGACAAGGCAGGACCUCACAAGGAAAUCUACCCUUACGUUAUCCAGGAGCUUAGACCAACUUUGAGUGAAUUGGGAAUCUCCACUCCAGAGGAACUGGGCCUGGACAAAGCAUAAAUGUUAUUGGUGCAUUACCCCAGCAUUUCACUGGUGCCACCUGAUUGUACACAGCCGCCUGCAGGCACAAGUGUUAAAAUCCUCUUAACUUCAGCUAACUUCCUUUAUUGAGUCACAAUGUACGUGAGGCGGAGUUGGACCUAAUAAAGGAAAACCUGGUUUGACUGA